CAGUCAGUCAAGGCGUCGUCUCCUUGCCAUCAUAAAUCCAGAUCUGAAGUCUCUGUAUUCUGAAGAAAAUGGACGCAAUUGAUUCAGUUUUUGAUCCAUUGAGAGAAUUCUCCAAGGAUAGCUAUCGUCUUGUCAAGCGUUGCCACAAGCCUGAUCGCAAAGAAUUCACAAAGGUCGCGUUCCGUACGGCCAUCGGAUUUGUAGUGAUGGGAUUCGUUGGAUUCUUCGUCAAGCUUAUCUUCAUCCCUAUUAACAACAUCAUCGUCGGCGCCACUUGAUUCAGUGGAUGCAACAUCGUUGAAGACGGACAGCAGGGAAGACUGGACUACAUGGUUUUUAUUUUAGAAAAAGCAAGAUACUAUGUUACUGGCUAGGUUGAACUCUUUGUAGAACAUUGUUCUUUUAGUCAUGUAAUGUUGAAUUUGUUGAACA